GCCAGUUUUGGGACGUCAGUGAAGUAUGUCAGUGCACUGACGUGUUCACUGACAAGCCGAAAUUGCGUCAGUAACUGACACGAAAAAUGGCAAGUGUGAUAAGUAGUCACUGACACAUGGGACAACUGGCAGACUUUUUUGACAAGAGCGUCAGUACACUGACAGUGUCCCAUCACUGACAACCCAUGUAAUUUCAUGUGCUGUCAGUGUUGAAAUCCUGUCAGUGAACUGACAGGUUUUUUUGAAAUUUGUAUGUUUUCUGCAGGAGGUUUUAUUUAUAUAAAAUGAGUGGAGGCAAUAACAUGGCUGAUUCCGAAGCAUCCAUUAAAGCCAAGAAGCGGGCUAAGCGUGAGAGGGCUAUGAACCAUAAGUGGAUAUUUGAGCAGGAGACGUGUCUAAUAGAGCAUGUGGAAAAGCGACCACCGCUUUGGAACUGCACCCACCAAGACUAUAAAUGCCCAAAUAUAAAAAGUGAUUUGUGGGGGGAAGUCGUGAGGGAAUUAAACAUCGACACGAUCAAGAUCGAAGAAGCAAAAAUAAAGUGGAAUAAUCUACGAAGCAAUUUUAAAGCUUUUUUGAACAAGCAACGCACCAAAAAAUCUGGACAAGGUGCUAUAGACGGAACCGCUACAGCUAAAUACCCCCAUUAUUCGGAAUUGAUGUUUUUAGAAUCGGCCGAUGUGCAGCAGUCAUCGCAGUCCAUCUCCACGUUGGAAUUGGUAAUUCCAGUUUAAUUUGCUAACAUAUAUUAUUAAGUUAAUUUGAAUUGCAGGAUAAUCCUA